AUGACCGAUAUCCGACCCCCAAAGAGGACCCACGAUCCCGACCUUUCCAACGACACACCCACACCACUCCCCGAAGCGGCACCCUCACCCUCGAAGCUCACGACGGCGACAAUGUCCAAGAAGAAGGGCCUCAUCGCCCUUGGCUGCGAGGGCUCCGCCAACAAGCUCGGCAUCGGCGUGAUGCUCCACAACGGCUCCGAGUCCACCAUCCUCUCCAACAUCCGCCACACCUUCGUCUCGCCCCCAGGCCAAGGUUUCCUGCCCAAGGACACCGCGAAACACCACCGUUCCUUCUUCGUCCAGAUAGCGCGCCGCGCCCUCCGCGAGGCCGGCGUCUCCGUCUCCGACGUCGACUGCGUCUGCUUCACCAAGGGCCCCGGCAUGGGAGCGCCGCUGACGAGCGUCGCCGUCGCGGCGCGCACGCUGGCUCUGCUGUGGGACAAGCCGUUGGUCGGUGUAAACCACUGCGUCGGACACAUUGAAAUGGGCCGGACGAUCACGGGUGCGCAGAACCCUGUCGUGCUGUACGUGAGCGGCGGGAACAGCCAGGUCAUCGCAUACGCCGAGCAGCGGUACAGGAUCUUUGGCGAGACGCUGGACAUCGCGGUGGGCAACUGCCUCGACCGAUUCGCACGCACGCUCGAGAUCAGUAACGACCCGGCGCCGGGAUACAAUAUCGAGCAGCUGGCGAAAAAGGGCACGCGGUUGUUGGACCUGCCGUACGCGGUCAAGGGCAUGGACUGCUCGUUCUCGGGCAUUCUUGCCAGCGCGGACAUUCUGGCGGCACAGAUGAAGGCGAGCCAGGCCAAGGGGGAGGAGACGUUCACGCCGGCGGACCUGUGCUUCACGCUGCAGGAGACCGUGUAUGCCAUGCUGGUCGAGAUCACGGAGCGCGCCAUGGCACAUGUUGGAAGCAACCAGGUCUUGAUCGUGGGCGGUGUGGGAUGCAACGAGAGACUUCAGGAGAUGAUGGGCGAGAUGGCUAAGGAGAGAGGAGGUAGCGUGUACGCGACGGAUGAGAGAUUCUGCAUUGAUAACGGCAUCAUGAUCGCACACGCUGGCCUGUUGGCGUAUGCGACGGGUUUCAGGACGCCCCUCGACGAAAGCUGGUGUACGCAACGAUUCAGGACAGACGAGGUUCACAUCAAAUGGAGAGACUGA